AACCAGCCUGGGGUUUGCACCAGUAGUACCACUUUCAUGUGACAGCAUGCCCCAGCUGACAAACCCUGGCUCCCUGGGGGCAGCCUGGAUCUGAAAUGUUGGUGGGAGAAUGUGUCUGCUCUGCUGGAGGACCCUGCCUGCAUCAGUUUUACUCAGCAGCGAAAUCUUGGGGUGAGGUAAUCAUGGGCUUGUUGUUUUGCUGCUGGGCUGGUGGACUUUGAGAAGCUGGAGUGAAAUUUCUGUCCCUCUGUAGGGUGACACCUUUGGACUGUGCAUAAUGAUCACCAAAGUCACCUGUGACCCUGGAGACCAAGAGACUUCUGCCACCAAGGUGGGAGCUGUGCCAUCCAAAAUCCCUGACCUUGUGUACCUGUUCUCCAGGGACAUACAGUGCAGAUAAGUGUCAACCCUCCUGAGGAACGAGCCUGGAAGCAGAAUUCCCUGAGCCUGGCAGGGGAAGGCCAGGACAAUGAUGGAGAAAGGUCUGGACAACUUCCUGAGUCACAGCUAUUCUACCAGAGCACCUUGUCCAGUGCCAGAAGCCCUGGAGUGUUCGGACCAUGGGGUGAUGCCACUCAACUUCCCACAUCCCAAGACCUCUGUGACAAGCCAGGAAGGGGCCCUCUCCAGGAAUCACUUGGUAGCAUUGGCUCCAUGCUGGGGAAGCCCCUGAGCUUGGCAUUUUAGGGAUGCAACGCCCAUGAUGGUCCCUCCUUUUGGUCACAUCCUUCUUCCCGAAUGAAAAAUGACGCAGCGAUGCCAAGAGUUCCCGCCUCUGUAGGUGAGGAAAACACCUGUGGGGGAGAGAGAACUGGUCCCUUUCCCCUGCUCAUUAAUUCAGUAAAUUACAAAGGGAAAUACAUGCCGGGAAAAGCAAGAAAAAUCCCAAAAGUUAAUCCAAGAGUUAUUUCCUCCUGGUACCGGGAUAAAAACGUGUUCUUCGGAGCUCUCCAGGUCAGACAUCGUCGAGACAGGUGAACCCACACCAAAGAACAAGGUCUCCCAGGCAGCUGAAAUGAAGGGAUCCCACUUGUUCCUCUACCUCUUCUCCAUGUGCUGCUGGGUGGAUUUGAUGCCCACAGCUGAGAACAAAAUCCUGCAUUUUGGAGCCUGCAGGGUUUCCAUGAGCAUGACUGAGAUCAGGGCUGGUUUCACAGCAAUUAAAGCCAACAUUCAAGCAAGAGACCCCAUCCGGACCCUGAGCAUCCUGUCCCAUCCCCACUCCCUGCACAAGGUUAACUCUUCAGACAGGUGCUGCAUCACCCAUCACCUCUUCAACUUCUACGUGGACAAAGUUUUCAAGCACUGCAAGACAGAGGAUUCGUAUGUGAACCGAAAAAUCAGCAGCAUCGCCAACUCCUUCCUCAGCAUGAAGAGGAAACUGGAGCAGUGUCAUGAGCAAAAUCAGUGCAUGUGUGGGCAGGAAUCCACUGAGAAAUUUAAGCAAAUACUUGCAAACUAUGAAGGGCUGAAUGUCACAAAUGCAGCGAUGAAAUCCCUGGGUGAGCUGGACAUCCUGUUAGACUGGAUGGAGAAAUCUCCUUAGGGAGCAGGAGGCAUCAACGACCCACCACGGCCGGGGCCGAUGGAGCUGCUGGGACCUUGCACACCCCAGUGAUGAGAGGGACAAAAAUGCCCUGUAUCAGUGCAGCUCCUCACUGAUUCCAGCUGGGUUCAGUCAGAGUGCUUUGCUAGCCAGGCACAUCAGUGAAGGCACCAACAGAGUCUUCAUUAAGAUGGAAAUAACGAGUUUGAUUAAAUCAGCGCUGCCCUCGCUUUGUUGGCUUCUAUCAAAGGAUGCUCCAAGGGAAAGAGCUCAAAGGGUUUCUCUUGCUGGCAGACAUAAGCUGUGACCAUGUAAUAAAAUUGUUGUUUAAGUUAUAAAUUUUCUGUGUAGGGAAUGUAUAUUCAGAUAGGAAAUGUGUAUUCAUGAGUGCUGGAAGGACUCUGGUGCAGCUUAAACCUGGACUCAGUCUCACAGGGCUGCUGCCACUGAUGGACCUGGCUCAAACAAGGUGCACAGUGUGAGAAAUGCUUCCAAGAAUAGGUCCUAGAAGGUGUGUGAGACCUUAGAGGUCUGUCUUUCCUUUUGAGAUGAUAUUUUCUGCCUUAUCAGUAAAAAAGUUUCUGUGCAAGAUAUGUGGUUGCUGAAUAGAAAAA